AUGCAAGUGCUCCAAGACCACGCUGCAAAGACAAUCAUGCCAGCUCCAUCUCAUCCAACUUUCGUGGCUUCCCAGGGUUUGCAUCAGUGCAACUAUGACCACAUCUGGGAGAAUAUUUAUAGCAACAUCAAUCUCUACCAGAAUGAAAAUAUGAGGGAAGAGGACCUUUCAAUAGAACAAAAUGAAAAUGACCUAGCACAAAUAAGUCGUUGCCAACAUGCUGGUGAGCCCACCAAGCAGAAAAAAGAGACAGGGUACAGCUAUGCAGUGGCCCUGCAACUGCUCGGUUUGGAUGGUAGGACCGGGCCCAGUGAUGGGAGUCCUGUCCUGAUGAGAGGAGCCUACUUGUCCUUCCUGUAUCUGCGCCACCUGCGAAUCAGGGAGCUGCAGCGCACCUGUCUGGGAAUUCUGAACUACUUCAGAUCCGUUGAGCGAACACUGACAAUCAACACUUCAGGCCUUACCUUGGUUGGAGGGAGUCUGGUCCCCACCAUAGAAGAUAGUUCCUGGGUAAAUACAGCCGAGGGAGGUCUGGGCACCUCGCAAGGCCUAGGAGCUCACCACUAUGUCCACGGGACAGCUGCUGAGCACAAGGUCCACAGUGUCCGAUUCAUGGAGUUCUCGGAAGUGGAGAACCAGGACGACUACUACAGCAUGGGGGCUGCGUCCGUCUUCACGCAGGACCCACACGGAGUACAUAUCAUGUACGAUGAAGCCUUGAGCGAUCUGAAGGAGCUCGAGGCAGAGCUGCUACUUGUGGCCAGCCAUUACAUCGAGAAAGAAAAAGGUCACAAAGAGGGCAGCGAGUCAAAUACUGGCCAGGACUGGGGAUGGGCCCAUGCAAGUGUGGACAGAUUUGCUGUGUUGUAUGACAUGUGGACUUGGGAAGCAGCCCUUCUAGAAAACAAGCGCCAGCUUCUUGACAGUUACUUCGAAGCCUACCAGCACGUGUUGGACCCUGAGGAGAGGUUUGCCUUAGCACAAGUGAUCACUGACCUAAUGCACAGGCGCCCGAGGUUUGAUCUCAGCCGCCCUUAUUUCCUUAAAGCCUACCGAGAUGAGGGCACCUGCCUGAGGCUUCACUUGGAGCUAGUGAGGGGCAUCCUCAAUCAGCACAUAGAGCGUCAGCGGGAGUAUGUCCAGAGGCUUUGGCAGGAAGGCCGUCCAGAUGAUAGCAGUAGCUUUGGACUUCCCCUUAACAUAAUUUGCAAACAACUUAUUUCCAUCAACAAUAGCUGCCCAGCUUUGAAAAAUAUUUAUCUGCUGGAGUUCCAUCCUUCCCUGGGCCUGGCAUCACUCAUCUCCCGAUCCCUUGAGCACCUCCUCCAGGAGGCCCGCCACACCUGCAGACCAACAUCCGCCAGCAGCUUCACCUUGCUGGAGAGACGUGUGCUGCGGCUGGCCCUGGAUACGUGGCUUACACCGGCCAGGCCCGAGUCCUGGUACAGCACUCAGCUCCAGAGGGAUCUGUUUUCAGCUAAAGUAAUGGGAGAUCCCUUUCUCCUGGAGGAGAUAGGUCUGCUUGCUCUCAAGUCUGCCGCAGACGAAGGACAGAACCAAAGCCAAGGUUCUUCUGUGCACCUCCUGGAGACAUUUUCGAAACUUCUGGAACUUGUGACCCUCCGCCACCGGCUAAUAGAAAUGAGUCUGGAGAGUGUACACUUAGCUCGUCUCUAUAAGGAACUGGCAUGGGAGAUGGGUUUUGAAGAGUUCCAUUUGUAUCUGAGGCCCAUUCACUUUGAAUUUGCAUCACUCAAAGACAAAGUGGACCACCCUCCUCCUGUCUUUAUCACCUCUCUGCUGGAGGACAGUGAUCAAAUGGACAGAUAUGCUCCUGCUACCCUUGUCUUAGCCAUCUCUGAGGUGGAUGAUAACCAGGUUGGCAAGUUCAGCUUUUAUACAAAGGAAGCCAUCCUUAAGCUCUUAUUCCAUUCAGGAGUGGAAAAUAUGCAAGUGACCCUUGCAUGCCAAGCAGCUCAGAAAAAUGCCUUGAUGGUGGCUGUCCAGCAGGCAUCCUUCUAUCCCAUGCCCCGGUGGGGCUGUCCUGCUGAUGCAAAGGUCAGCCUAUAAGAUAGAGAAACCUGA